ACACCGCGUCCAGACCACGCCCCUCACCCGGGGAAAGCCGGAAUGGGGCUGUUUUGUCUUCAGAGGCGCGACUCCGGCUGCCAUCCCGUUGCGAGUCUUGUGUAAAGGGACCCGGGAUUGUCUCCUGAUUGUCCUCAGCGAGAGCUGAGAGCUUAUCUCUUUCACAGAGCGCAGGCUCUUCUCCCAGCGCUGCUGUCCUGUCAGCUUUGUUAUUUGGAGCACUUCUGGCGUCGACAUGAACUGGGCUUUCCUCCAAGGCCUCCUGAGUGGGGUCAACAAGUAUUCGACGGCAUUCGGUCGCAUGUGGCUGUCUGUCGUAUUCCUCUUUCGCCUGAUGGUGUUCGUGGUGGCAGCGGAGAAGGUGUGGGGCGACGAGCAGAAGGAUUUCAGCUGCAACACGAUUCAACCCGGCUGCCACAAUGUCUGCUACGACUUCUAUUUCCCCGUGUCGCACGUGCGCCUAUGGGCACUGCAACUCAUCUUUGUCACCUGCCCCUCGCUGCUGGUGGUGAUGCACGUGGCGUACCGCGAGGACCGCGAGCGAAAGUACCGCGCCAAGCACGGCGAGGGCUGCGGCCGCCUCUACAGUGACACGGGCAAGAAGCGCGGAGGCCUCUGGUGGACCUACAUCCUGACGCUGAUCUUCAAGAUGGUUGUGGACUCGGUCUUUGUGUUCCUGCUGUACUACAUGUAUGAGGGAUACAACUUCCCUGCCCUCAUCAAGUGCAAGGAAGACCCCUGCCCCAACGUGGUGGACUGCUUCAUCGCUCGGCCUACCGAAAAGCGCAUCUUCACCAUCUUCAUGGUGGUCACUAGCCUGGUGUGUGUGAUUCUGUCCCUGCUGGAAAUCUUCUACCUUGUGGGAAAGCGUUGCUGUGAGUGUGUGCUCUCACCCCAAUACUCUCGGCAGCUCACGGUGACGACCACGUUGGUCAACGGCAAGGAGGGGUAGGCCCGUCCACCGGCUGGCCGUUUCUGUGCUCGCCUGCACUGCUGCCUGUGUUGACUCUGGCCUCAGGCAGGGGGGGCUCAAGGCUGCGUGAACGAGCAGAGGAACAAUGCGGAUGGGCACAAACAUCGCAGCCUGACUGCUGUUAUCAGGGUGCCGAACUCCCUCUAGACUUCCUUGAGAAUUUGGAAAGCAGGAAAACCCUAGUCUGUUACAUAACCUGUAACAUUUCAUCAGUGCUCACAAGAAGCCCUGCAUAUUUUUCAGCUAGAAACACAAACUGAUUUGUUUGAAAUGUGUUUUUAGACAGAUAUAGCUAUAUAGCUACAUAUAUAAAAUAUAAUUUUUUUUAGCUAAAUGUAAACCACAAAUUCAUUCUUGACGGUGUGGAGACUGGGUAUGAAACUGAAUUGAAAAGAGUUUUGAUAAGAUUCCAGUUAAUGGGAUACAUUUCAGGAAGUCUCCAGCAUUGCACCAUUACCAGUGUAGCAUUCUGAGCAUCUGGUGGCCUUUGGUUUGGAAAUGCUGAGGAUUUAGAAAGCAGUGUUUGUGCUGAAUGUUUUGACAGGGGAAGCGUGUUCAUUCCACUGUAUUAGGGGCCACUUUUCAAGGAGGGUUAUUUCAGGGUUGGGGUACUGGAACCCUUCAGAUGUCAUUUUGUGACUUUUAUGAUUAUUUCACAUCAAGAUCAACAUCCAAUACUUCAUAAACUCUGUCUAUACGUCACAUGUAUAUUGUUAUGCAAAAGUCUUAAGCAGUCAAAAGAAAAGUUUCAAGCUGUUUGUCUGUUUAGUUAGCUUGUUUGUUAGUGCACAUUUGCUCAGAACAAAACACAUUUUAACAUUAGAACAUGUGGGACAAA